AUGGCAGCUAGUGGAAGUACAAUAGGAGAGGUUGAUGAAAUUCCUGGUCCUGUGAAGGAAACUUUUUGUCAACCAUGUUUAAAUAAGGACCAACAAACUGUAGCCGACACGUUUUGUUCAAAUUGUAAUGAAUUCCAAUGUUAUGAUUGUUCAAAUGAACAUAACGUUUACGCCAUCUUAAAAAAUCAUACAUUUAUGAGCGUGAAAGAAGCUAAUGCUACAAAUACUUUGUUGGAAAUAAAGACAUUAUGUCUGUGUAAUCAACAUCAAAAACUUUUUGAAUUCUUCUGUGAAGAUGAAAAGAAGCUUUGCUGCAGAACUUGUGCUAUUGCUUAUCAUAAAAAAUGUCACAGCGUUGUAGAAAUUGAGAAGAUUGUCGGGAACAUGACGUCAUCAGAUUCUGGCUUAGGGCAGAAAUUGGCGGAAGCUAGAGAAGAUGCUGAGGGUAUUGCAAGACAUAUUUGCUCUUCAAAAGACCAAGUUGCUCAAGAUAUUAAAGAAAUGCAAGUAAAGAUUAGGCAAAUGCGAGAGGAAGUAAUGAGAAUGUUUGACGAUUUAGAAGAUUUUGUGGUGCGGAGGGCUGAAACUUUUCAGAGGGAAACAUUAGAAAAUAUGACAAUGAAGCAAACACAAAUCGAGAAACAUUUGGCUGAUGUAACAUCGUACUUAGAGACGAUUAAAAGUUUUUUCAAAAAAGGAACUCCAUUGCAGAAAUAUAUAGCAGAACAGAAAAUGGAGAGUAAAGUCAAUGCUUUCUGCAGAAACAUCAAGGAUAAAUGUCAGAACUUAGAGAAGGUGAACAUUUCUUUUCAUUUUGACGAAACAUUAAAACUGCCACCACUACCAGUUACUGAAAAUGUUCCAGGAAAAUUACUUUUAAAAUCUUAUCGUCAGGAAGAUGUUUAUUCUAUUAACAUGACGAUGAAGUUAACACCAGUUUCUGCUAUUAUUUUGAAGAAAACAGGAGAUGACAUAGAUGAACCGUUAUAUUCAGGUAUAGAUUUCCUACCUGAUGGUAGACUGGUAGCUGUAGAUAACACAAACAAGAAAUGUUUAGUGUACAAUGAGAAGCUUGAGAAAGUAGGAACAUAUCAGCUAUCUUACAACCCAUUAUCUGUUGCUGUAGUAUCUGAGGAGGAAUUGGCGAUCUCAAGUGGUAGUAGAUACAAGAUAAAAUUUCUACAUGUUAGUGAAUGUAAUGAAAUUAGUUCAAGUAGGACAUGUAAAGUUAAAACGAAGUAUUACUCUAUAUGUUUGAAAGAUGACGGACAGUUUGUUGUAGGAACAUAUGAUGAUCCAAGACCUGUUCGAAUUGUUUCAUUGGAUGGUAAGGAGCAGGAUUUUAGUGUUAACUUUCGAAACAAGACAUAUCCUAUAGGCACUAGCGCUAGUAUUUACAUAAAAAGCAGUGACAAAGUGGUGAUCACUGAUACAGACGAUGAUGCUGUCUACAUAUAUGAUAUGAAAACAAACACGAGAGUCGUAGUGAAGGAUGAUCAGAUACAACAACCACGUGGUGUAGCAGUCGGUCCUUCUGAUACUAUCCUGGUGUGUAGUUGUGAAACAAACUCCAUUGUACAGAUAUCUCCAUCUGGUCAGAUUUUAUCAUCGUACAAGAUGAAUAUGAAAUAUCCAUAUAAAGUAUGUGUUUCGCGUGAUAAAUCAUUUCUUAUUGUUACAAAUAACUGUGCUGGAAAUAAGGAAAUGCAAAAAUUUAAAAUAUCAAUUUAA